AUUCGGUCGUUUCACGGUGCAAAGAGCCAUUGUAAGGCUUGCAUAAGAUCGCAUGGAGAAUCAUUUGCGUUCAGAAAUUGGAGAUUGAAUUCUUCUGUAAAUUACUUCCCGCUUUCUGGAACUUUUAUAUGACACGCUUAUACACUCGUAAGUGUAUAUGAAUACUGCUCUUCAGUCUUCGUCGACUGGAUAAACUAGUUUUUCGGAUUACUGUUGUUGUGAAAAGAUAAUGCAUGCAUUGGAAUAAUGAGUGACAAUUCAAAAGGCCAAAUUGAUGCUAGUAUUUCGGAUAUGGCAUCUGAAGAAAAUCCAACAGUCAAGUCGACGGCCGUCGUCAAAUAUUCUGCUUAUCCAACUCCGGUAACUUUUGCUCAACUUCAGUGCAAUACAGAUUUAAAACUUCCUCCCAGCAAUUGGCUAAGUACCUCCGCUGAGAGUUAUGGUUUACAAAAUGUUUGGCAUCGUGGCACUGGGUUUACCAGUUUUCGCAUGGCCCACAUGUUUCCUGACUGUGUAGGAGAGGUAGAUGUUAUUUCAGAUGCUGAGAACAUCAAAAAGCUCUUGAAAAUUCCUUACAGUAAUGCACCAAUAUCAAUGAUUGUGCAUAGAGUUGAAAACACUUUGCUACUUGAUGACUUUGACAUUCAUAAGUUUCUUCUAAAGCAAGAAGAGGAUGACUGGAGCUGGUUAAGGAAAUUUUGCCAAGAACUUAUCAGCGAUCUUGGCGCCAAAGAAAAAAGAAUUUCGACAAAAGCUAAUAGUAGAAAUGCAAUACAACAAAAAAAUUUGAUAUCAAAGUUUUUAUAUCAUUCUUUGGUUUUACCAGAAGGUGAAAAAAUUAAAGAACCAACACCUAAAUUACCUGUAGAAACCUUACAACAAUCUUUGCCAGAACCUACUAAAGAAGAGCAACUUCCUGAUCCAAAUGAUCAAUGUAAUUAUACAAGAAAUGUUGUUUGGACUUUUGAAAAUAUACAAAUGUUGAUUGGGACCAACAUGCCAAUAUUUGGUGGCCAAACUCAUCCUUGUAUAAGUUUGAAAUUACGCGAUGCCUCAAAACCCAUCAAUGUUUUGACUGGAAUUGAUUAUUGGUUAGAUAAUUUAAUGUGCAAUGUACCAGAAGUUAUUAUGUGUUGCCAUAUUGACGGUAUUGUACAAAAAUAUGAGCUUAUAAAAACUGAAGACCUUCCUAAUUUACACGAUUCGCAGUUUUCUCCUAAAGUAAUUAAAGAUAUUGCUCAAAAUAUUUUAACUUUUCUUAAGCACAAUGCUACUAAAGCUGGACAUACAUAUUGGUUAUUUAAAGCAAAAAAUGAUGAUUUUGUUAAAUUAUAUGAUUUAACAUCACUUUGUGAUGAGUCAGAUGAUAAGACACAAAAUCCUUUUACAAUACCUGUUGCUAUGUUAUUGUACAGAGUGGCCAGAAAUAUGAAAUACUCAGCUGAUUGUGAAAAAUAUCAAGGGACAAUAAGAAUGCUUUUGAAAAAUUGCAUACAGCUUCUACCAAAAGAAAAAUAUCCUCAAAUAGUGACAUCUGCUCACUUUAUGAUAUCGGAUUUAUACGUGCCAGCUGAUACAGAUCCUUCAAAUCCUAAUUUAAAAGAUCAAGAAGAAGAAGAUAACCAAAGUGAUAGUGGCAGUCAAACAGAUGAUAGAAGUGAAGAAAGAUUUGAACAGGAUGUUAAUGCUGCUAUUAAAUGUUUAACUUUAGCUAACAUUACAGAUCCUCAUUGUAAAGAUGAACAUGGAAACUUAAAAUUUAAACCUCCACCUAUGACUGGUUCUGUAGAGGAAAGAUGUCAAGCAGCUUUAGAACAUGUUGCAGCUGGACUAGAAUGUUUGAAGUACUUUCCAAAUAACUCAGAAACAACACAUGCAGAUGAUGCUUGUGAAGAAACAACAGUUCAACCAGAAAAAAAUAAACAUGAAUAUGAUGAAGCAUCACUCAAUAUGGCCAAACCAUAUCAGGCAAUACCUAUGCCAUACGAACCAAUAAAUAAACUCACAGCAUCAGAGAUUUUAAUUCAUGGAGUAUCUGAAACUACAGAUUCUGACAACAGUCAAAUUAAAAAACGCAGUAAACAAAAGAAAAAGAAGCCAGCUGUUAAAAAUCCAUCUGAGAAUGAUUCAUCUGGUAAAGCAUUACUCUGCAAAGUUGAAUCACAAACUUUACCUACUUGGCAAGCUCCUAAAAAAGACGACAACCGUAGUUGGAGUGCUCACUUACGUAUAUUGCUCAACGAAAAAGCUUCACUAGUUUUCGCGGUGUUGGCUGAACAAGAAUAUUCUUUGAAAAAUUAUGGAGCUUCAUUAAGAUAUAUUUUGUCGGUUUUGCGUUGUCAAAAACUAUUAGAAGUUUUUUGUGAUGUCAAAAAUGAAAAGGUUAUUAGUUAUUUACUUGGACGAGCAGGUGAUUGCUGCUUUAUGAUAGUUCAGGAUUGGAGUAAUAUUGAGAAACAUCGCAACGAUUUUGAAACGAAAAACGUAAUCGAAGAUUCCAUCACUGAUCCUAUUUUUGCCAUUGAAAAUCUUGACCUAAAUUUUGUUGAAAUAAUACCCGAAAAAUUUGAAUCAAUGGAAAAAAACCUACUUGUAUCAUGUCAUUGCUAUGAAAAAGCAUUAACUCUCAAUCCACUGGAGUCUGAUCGUAAUACUCUAUUAGUACGUUAUGGGAACAUCCACAACGAAUUAGGAGUAUUAUAUAUGAAUCAAGCGAGUUGUAAGUUGCAAAAAAUACUUACCUUUUUUAACAUGCUAUUAAUCUUUUGUUUAUCUUUCACAGCUCGGUACCAUAAAAAUUCCGAACUCGAGGAGUUAGACGUUACAACGCCACUCGUAAAGUCUUUGAGGCAUUUUGAAGCUGGAGUGAAAGCUUUCGAAAAGGUUUCAGACGAUACCAAUCUUGCUCUGGUACAUUCCAAUAUCGGUCGAUUGAUGCGUCUGUGUGCUCACGUUCAUAAGAUUGAACACGCUUCUCGUGAGCGACACUUUUACAACAAAGCGAUUGCUAGCUAUCAUAAAGCUUUGCAAUAUUUGGGCUCGAGAAAAACUAGUCCCGAUAUUUGGGACGCCGUAACGUGGGAUCUUUCGACUACUCUUUACACUUUGGCUUCAAUACUUCAAGAUUAUCCGGAUAUCAGAAGCGAGAAUAACGAUGGAUUAGAGCGAGAAGUGGUUGAUACUUUCCAGAAAGCCUUGAAGUACUGUGAUACUGAGACUCCCGGGUCACGUCAACCCGUGUAUCAGUUUCGAGCAGCGGGCAUACAACAUCGUUUAGCUUCGCUUUAUCAUAAAAUUUAUCGGGAUUUAGUUAAAAGUGGUGUAGAAAGUGACAAUCCCAAACUUAAAAAUUGUCUGCAAUUAGCAAAGCAAUAUUAUGGAAAAUCAUCGCAACUAUUGCUUACCUUAGAACAGACCUGUGAAUACCUAACGGUGCAAUUAGAGCUUGUUGCUCUAUACGAAUUGCAAGCCCAAGUAUCAACUACACCAACUAGUAAGCUAAAAGCGUAUCAAGCAGCUUUAGAAGUCAUUAUACAAAGCCGACCAGUAAAUAAAUUGGUACUAGCGCGUCAUGAAAGCGUAAAAAAGAAGGGUAAUCCCUCUAAAGGGCAUGAAAAAAAUAAAAUAAAUAUGAAAAAACAAAAAAAAUCUAAAGCAGAUAAGAAAGAUACUAAUAUUCCAAAUGUGCUUCUGACUAAAGAAGAUAAAACUAUUUCAGAUGAUGAUAGCGGUUCCGAUGAAAAAGAACUGAAAGAAGAAGAGGAAAGUUUAUUCCAAUUACUUCAACAGAGAGUUCAGUUUGUAUUGCUUUCCUUGAUCAAAUUGUAUAAGACGAAGAAUUCAAUGAAUCCAAAGAAAGGAAAUGAAAAUCUCAUUGACGUUUAUAAAAAAUGCUACUCUUUGACAUUAAGAUCUGGGGAUAUACCUCUAACUGAUCUUAUUAGAUAUCUGGACGAGAAUCUAGAAAAAAUUGCUAAAAUUCUUGAAGAUCAUAAACUCUCUUCAAGGGGGUUUUCAAAUGACUAAAAGACUGAAAUAAAGUAAUCAUUCACAGGAUGUUCCAAGAUUUUUUCCAAGUUUAUCGAUUCUUUUAAAUAUUAAAGAAGUGCCAAAACCAUCAUGAAUGAUAAAAGUGAUAGAUUUCGAAUGUGUUUUCUGUGAUUUUUCUUGAAUAUUCCUAUAAAAAGCCACCUAAAUUUCUUAAUAUCGCAUGUUUUGAAUCUCGUUAUAAUUUUUCAAAAGAAAUGUCAGUAAACGUUACCGAAAAUGUAUUUAAAACAUUUCCCCUUUUUAAACUCCGGUAAUGCUCUAAAAAGUAUAGUAUUUAAUUUAAGAAAUUUGAAUGCCAGAAAAUUAAUUCACUCACAGUUACUCUUUAUAAUAGAAGACGACUUUUAAUAACUAAUAAAUAAAUAUGUAUUAUUACGUACUUUUUUCAACUGUAGUUAUUUUGCACAUUGCUCGUGAAUAAAAAUAACGAAUUUGUUACUCAGAA